GCUGCCCCGAGGCGCCCACGCAUGCGCAGAAUACAAAUGCAAAUCCACAUGGAACGGAGAGUGUCUCCAUCUCUCUUUCUCUGUCUCUGUCUCCGUCUCCGUCUCGGUGUCUGUCCCGUUGUCUGGUUGAGUGUGCGAGAGUGGCCAAGCCGAUCGACUGAGCUUUGUGCGGAUUGGCAAAGUGGACGUGCCACCGGCCAGAACCACUUUUGUUGCUCGGCCAUGGGAAUUUGGGUGAAAUGGGGCUGGCUGGCUUUCAAAUAUCGUUUCGGCCUGUUCAGUUCGCCACUAGCCACGGCAGUCGGUGGUGUCGCUCUGGAGAAAGCAAAGCAAAGCCACAGCCACAGCCGCAAAAAAAAAGAGUUCCAGUGAAAUGAGUAGAGCUUCGAUUGGACUAGUGAUCUGCCUGGUGCUGGGCCUUGGCCUGGCCCAAACCUUUGCCGCGGAGCAGCCAACUCCAGCCCGUCCGCAAGCCACACCGGUGUCGCCCCUGCUAAAGCAGUCCCAGAACACCUUCAUCCAAUGGGUUCUCUCGCUGCUGCCCCAACGUCCGGGCAGUUCUGAUGGCGAAAACGCCACGCUGGCCACCCUGAGUAGCAGCUCCACGAAGCCAGAGCCGGCGAGCAGCAGCACCACCACCUCGACGACGCCAGCGCCCUCCUCCAGCAGCACCACUACCACCAGGCGAGCCACGACCCAGGCGCCGCCCACUCUGAGUCCGCCACGCAACUGCACGGACUGUGUCUGCGGGAUAGCCAACAUCCAGAAGCGGAUUGUCGGUGGCCAGGAGACGGAGGUGCACCAGUACCCCUGGGUGGCGAUGCUCCUCUACGGCGGUCGCUUCUACUGCGCCGCCUCGCUGCUGAACGACCAGUUCCUGCUCACUGCCUCCCACUGUGUGUACGGUUUCCGGCGGGAGCGGAUCAGCGUGCGUCUGCUGGACCACAACCGCAAGAUGUCCCACACGCAGAAGAUCGACCGGAAUGUGGCGGAGGUGAUCACGCAUCCCAAGUACAAUGCCCGCAACUACGACAACGACAUAGCCAUCAUAAAGCUGGACGAGCCCGUGCAGUUCAAUGAGGUGCUGCAUCCCGUGUGCAUGCCCACGCCGGGCAGAAGCUUCAAGGGGGAGACGGGCAUCGUCACUGGCUGGGGCGCCCUCAAGGUUGGCGGCCCCACCUCGGACACACUGCAGGAGGUACAGGUGCCCAUCCUGUCACAGGACGCGUGCCGCAAGAGUCGCUAUGGGAACAAAAUAACGGAUAAUAUGCUGUGCGGCGGCUACGACGAGGGUGGCAAGGAUUCCUGCCAGGGCGACAGCGGCGGCCCGCUGCACAUUGUGGCCAGCGGCACGCGAGAGCAUCAGAUCGCCGGUGUUGUCUCUUGGGGCGAGGGCUGUGCCAAGUCCGGUUAUCCUGGUGUCUAUGCCCGCGUGAAUCGCUACGGCACCUGGAUCAAGAAUCUCACCAAACAGGCUUGCCUCUGCCAGCAGGAGACCAAGAAGAUCAAGUAGUUCUGUGUGGGUUCAGUAGUCGCUGCCCUCAAAUACUCUGGCCGGCGAGGCUGGGCACAGUAGAGAGCCAUUUGCAGUUGCUGUCGAUCGAAAGAUGGGUUUUCCUCAGGCAAAAACCCAUUGUUUCUUUUGCAACACAAAACAAAACUUAUAUCCAACGAAAGAACAGCUUUUUGGCAAAGAAAAAAGCUUAAGACUUUCUUGAGAUAUUCAUUCAUUGAGAUCCCCCCGCCAGAUACCAGGUUCCACCUUCUCUGCCAGAGUAUUCCGGCUUCGGCUCUGUCGAAGAUCACAUUCUCAAGCUGUUUUAUAUUUAUUGAUUAAAAGAAAAU